AACAGCGGCGACCAGGCGAGGUGCACAGGGCAGCAGCAGCAGCAGCGUCGUUGUCGGCAGUGGGAAUGCAUCAUGGGCAGCGUGGGCCCGUGCGAGCGAGGCGUGCGCGGGACACUCACCACCGUGGGAGCCUUCACGGCCUUCAGCCUCAUGACCAUCGCCGUAGGCACGGACUACUGGCUGUACGCGCGGGGCACCUGCCGGUCGCGACCCCACGACGACAACGAAACGGCGGCGCGCAGGGCCGAGGAGGUGCGCACCCACUCGGGGCUGUGGAGGACCUGCUGCCUGGAGGGUUCGAACGUGGGCGUGUGCAGGAAGAUUGAUCACUUCCCGGAGGAGAACGACUACGACAAUAAGGACAUGGCCGAGUACCUCCUGCGCAUGAUGCGUUCCUCGAGCGCCUUCCCCAUCCUGAGCGUGACGCUGCUCCUGUGCGGCGGGCUGUGCGUGGCGGGCAGCGAGUUCUACCGCUCGAAGCACAACCUCAUCCUGGGCGCGGGCAUCUCGUUCGUGGCGGCGGGUCUCGCCAACAUCAUCGGCAUCAUCGUCUACAUCUCGAGCAACUCGGGCGACCCGGGCAAGGGCGACCCCAAGAAGAGCAGCUACUCGUACGGCUGGUCCUUCUACUUCGGCGCCCUCUCCUUCAUCGUCGCCGAGACCAUCGGCGUGCUCAUCGUGCACACCUACGUGGACACCCUCCGCCAGGCACGCAGCGCCAGCCGCCCGGCCUUCCUCGCCAAGCGCGCCGCCGCCCUGGCCCGCCUGCCCAGCCACCGCUUCCGUCAGCGGCGGCGUUCGUCCGCGUCGAGCGCCGCCUCGGCGCUCGCUCUGCCGCCCUUCGCGGCGCCCAAGCUGCCGGCUGGCAUCUCGCUCUACACGCUCACGGGCGACGCGGCGGCGGCGGCGGCGGCGUCGGUCCCGCCGCACGAAACGACCGGGAGCGGCGGCGGCGUCGGAGGCAGCUUCGACUGUGAACGCGACGCGACCGGGGCCGUGUUUGGCUCCGGCAGCUGCUUCCCGCUGGAGCUCAAAGAGUCGCUGUUUGGGACGGCGGGGAAUCGGAGGACGACGCCCGUGUGAGACUGGGCGGUGUCUCCGCGUGCGCGCGCGCGUCCGCGUGUCCUCUGCUCGGUCUGCCCAUCUGUCUGUUUAAUCGACCAAAUGUCUGUCCGUUUGUCUGUCUGUCUGUCCGUCCGGCUGUCCGUUCACGAGUUUUCUUUUUUUUGUGUCCGACAGUCUGUUCACGCGUCCGCAAUCACCGGCCGUCUGUCCAGCUCGCUCACCCGAACGUCUCGUCCCCGUGGGCGUGCGCGCGUGUGUGGGUGUCUCAAUGUCGAUUGCCUCUUCCGAGCAAUCUGUCUCUGUGCCUCUCUCCGGGGGGUUUGUCUGCCACUCGCGGGGUCUGCGUCUCUGCGCGCCUGUCCGAGCCACCGUCCUCCCGUGCUUUAGCCUCUCGGCUGCCCUUGGCCCACGGCUGCUGAGUGAGUGUGCGUGUGUGUGGUCAGCUGUACCCCGGCCCUCCGGUUGCGCUCCGCGAGUCUCUCCACUUGUGGCCCUUUGGCGGAUGUCAGUGGCUGUCACGUAGCGCCGCAUCGACAGCGAAGACCGGAAACAAAUGAUCCGCUGUGCGAUUGGAGCUCAGCGUGACAAUGGUUUCAGGAGUGAAGUCAUAAAUUGGAUUACACCCGAGACAUACCCCCGUUACCUAUAGCCUACCCCUAAACCCUAACCCCCUAGACCUAAUGCUUCCUGUAAACGAAUCUGUAACCAUGAAAGCUUCCUCUUACCAUAACGUCACCCAUAUCCCGAGUCAUAACCCAAUCCCUAACUCUACUCCUGACUAUAUCCUUUACACUACGCCAAUCCCAAAAUCGAACUGCCCUCUAAACCUACCCAGUCUCCAACCGGUGAUCCCUCGCCCUCUGCGCUCGACUUCGCUCCGAGCUCAGCCCUGGCACAGGCCACGUGAUGUCACCGCCAACACCAUCGCCACCGCCGCCACCACCAUCACCACAAUCACCACCGCCACCACAAUCACCACCGCCACCACUGCCACCACAACCACCACCACCGCCACCACAACCACCACCGCCACCACCGCCACCAACACCGCCACCACCGCCGCCACCACCGCCACCACCGCCACCACCAUCACCAUAAUCACCACUGCCGCCACCACCAUCAACGCAAUCACCAACUCCACCACCGCCACCACAAUCACCACUGCCACCACUGCCACCACAAUCACCACCGCCACCACCGCCACCACAAUCACCACCGCCACCACAACCACCACAACCACCACCGCCGCCACAACCACCACAACCACCACCGCCGCCACAAUCACCACCGCCACCAAAAUCACCACCGCUGCCACCACCGCUGCCGCACAGCGGUCAAAUUACAAAACGUUUCGUGCGGCUGACGUCCAUGACUGCCUGGCUCGGCUCAGCACCUUGGACAGCAACAGGAAUGGCCGGGGGACGCGUCAAUGUGUGUGGUUGGAGUCAGGGCCGAACUAAGAUGUUAUAGGCCCUUGGGCUACAGUGUACUGUGAGGCCCCCAGUAAUCUUAUCAAAAGGAAAACAAAGUUGAAGAAAAAUAAAAUUUACCUUUACAAGGCCAACAACAACAACAACAGAAUUCAGCAUUCACAAGUGAGAUAACGUUUCACUUAAUCUCUGGAGGCCUUCCAGCUGGCGGAGGCACCUGGGCUUGCUUCCCCUCAAGCCCUACCACGCCUUAAUCCGGCCCUGCUUGGAGUGCGCGCGCGUACCUGUGUACGGCUGCCUGUGCAGCGGUGGUGUGGCGGUUUCAGCGCUACGCCGCGCUACGAAUCCGUCGGCCCGGGUUUUACGAUUCCCGCUCACGGCCAACACCGGUGACGAUUACACUGGUCAACAACAAAAAAAACAUUUUUUUUCUGGCCUGGACUUUUGCAGCUGUUUUAGACUAAUUUCAGGGUACUGAUUCCAAAUCUGAUCUCAGAUUUGCGCUAUCACAUCUCAUUUGUAUGCUAUCGGCAUUCCCCAUUUUCAUUGAUUUUACCCGAAAUUAACUCUGUCACUUAUGAUUGCAAGUUGUUGCGAGUCAGUGACUGCUUUAGUGUGAAAAUAUGGUGCUGUAUUUUGAGGAUAGUGUGUUUAUAAUAUAAUUUUAUGUACAUAUCCACAUUCAUUUAAUAUUUUUCUUCUGCAGUUUUUAUUGAAAAUGCAAUAUUUGAUAUCUCAAAAACCUGAUGUGAUAGACAAAAACUGAUUCCAGAUUUGGAAUCGGCACCCCAAAAUUACAUUGAAACCGUUGGAAUACCUUUUUGCCAGAAAAAGUGUGUUGACCAGUGUUAUCUGAACCAGUCGUGGGCUUCCACUUGGUCGGCUCAGCCUUCAAAAGAGUCCCCGGUGCGGUGUAACGAUAUUCGCGCUGGUGCCAGAGCGUGGGGCUGGCCGCGCCAUUCAUUCUAGCGCCGUCCGGGCCUUAACAGGUGCUCGCUAACAACACUUUGCUCAGCAGUAAACAAAGGGUUAUUCGUCUUCUCCAUCUGCGUGGGCGUUGCUGUGUACGUGUCUUUGUAUCUCUGUGUGUACCUGUGAACGUGUACCUCUGCGCGUGUUUGUAAAACAUGUGUGUACGUACGUGUGCACGUAUAUCUCCGUGCGUGUGUGUGUACACCCGUGCGCGCGCGUGUGUGUUGACUGUGUGCCUAUGUGCUUGUGUACGUGUGCAUGUAUACCUCUGCGUGCGUGUGUGUGUAUCUCUUCCUGUGUGUCUGUGCGCGCGCGCGUGUGUGUGUGUGUCUGUGACAUAGCCAUAGGCCGAUGCUCUUCGUUUUCCAAGCGCUGUCGAGUCGUGUCAAAAAUAAACUCGACUCGCCUCUAUCGCCAUGUAUCAAAACAAAAAAAGCUUCACGAUGCGUAGAAAUCCACGGAAGCUCCACAACUCCCCCCCCCCCCCUUCCUCCACUAUCACCCUCGCCGCCAUAGACGGAGCUUCCGCGGAUGUCUACCCUGUGACGCGUUUGCACAAUGUGCGCGUAGGAUCCGUGACGUGGUGUUUACAGAAUGUGCGGUUAUUUAUACACUGUGUCUUGUAACCACAGCCAUAUAUCCGUGUUGUUAUCAACGGUAGGCCUUCGUUGUCGUCUUUCGGUUUGACUACGAUGUGUCUAUUACUAAAUAAUAGCCCGUACUUAACGUGGGCACAGCGCGUCGACCUUUUAGGAGGUGGGUGUCGAGUUAGAGAGUGAGUGAGAGAGAGAGGAAAACACGAUGUCUCGACCACUUAGGAAAUGUACCGACUUAAGAAAUCUGUAUGUCUCACCGGGCUUAACGUCGACUUAUAGAAAACCGUACGUCGAGUUCUAAGUAGACUUAAUAUGCGUCGAAUUAUAGCAUACGUUGACCUUAAUGUACGUCGGCCCUCUCUGAGAUACAAUGUCGGACCUAAUGUGCGCCGAUUUAUCACGUGGACUUGUAGUAGAGUUUGCCGGCUCAGUUAUCCAUCGAUGUCGUGGCGUGCGGUCGGUCGACUUGCACGCGCCGCGUGGCUGAUGUGCUCAGCGACCUACGUUUACAGUUUGUGGUUCUGAACCGCGGUUCCGUUCGGAAGCAAAGAGGCCGUCUGCUGUUGGCAAGGAACGCCGAUUUACAAAAAAACAAGGAAAAAACACCUCCACCCCCCUCGCAGGUACAGGGGCUCCUCUACUUGCGAACGAGUUAGAUUUGCAGAGGUCUGUUCGUAAGUCGAUUUGUUCCGUAGGUCCAACUUUACUCCCGUCGAUUCCACUUGUUGAGGAGCUGGCACGUAUACCGUACAACGUUAUAACAACAUACAGGGACUCCUCGACUUACGAACGAGUUAGGUUCUAGAGGUCCGUUCGUAAGUCGAUUUGUUUCGUAGGUCCAACUUUACUCCCGUCGAUUCCACUUGUCGAGGAGAUGGUACGUAGUCCGUACAACGUUCUAACGACAUUCCGGGACUCCUCGACUUACGAACGAGUUAGAUUUGCAGAGGUCUGUUCGUAAGUCGAUUUGUUUCGUAAGUCCAACUUUACUCCCGUCGAAUCCAAACACGUUCUACGGCGUGUACACUAAAUAUGGGGAAUGGCUUUCAAAGUUGUAUUAUCUCCCGUAGAUGUAGACGCCACUGGUUCUUCACGUUCCGCAGAUGUAGAUGCCACCACCGCCGUCUAUUGCGCGGCGGUUGAACUAACGACUCUCGGUCCGAACAGACAACUUGACAUGAGGGACCAGGUCUGUUCGUAUCUCUGAAAGUUCGUAAGUCGAGUGUUCGUAAGUAGAGGGGUGUACUUAUUUAAACGUCGCUCGACUCGCCGCACUGAGGGCGGCGGUCCACACCCGAGCGCUGUCGAGUCGCGUCAUAAAUAACCCCCCCCCCCCCCCAUUCGCCUGUUGUCAAAAUAGCUUCACCGCUGUGUGGAAAUCCGCGGGUGCUGCCCAAACAAUACCCUCCCCCACACACCUCCCGCCACUUCCAUUGCGACCAUCGCGAUGGAACUUCCACGGAUGUCUACUCGGUGGCGGCUUGCCCAAGUGUAAGCGAAAUUAUUUGGUGAUGUUGCUGCCACCGCUGCUGCGUUGGCAGUGGUGCACAAGCACGGUUAAUGGGAAAAGAAAAGACUUCAACACGUUCCUCUAUCAGGCUGUGGCCUUAAACGGGAAAUAAAUAAAUAUUACAGGCGACGUUUCGGGCAGUGGCCCUUCAUAGCACGUGCACGAGAAGGGUCAUUGCCAGAAACGUCGCCGAUUCAAUGUUUAUCUUCUAUCUCCCUUUUUAAGGCGACAGUGUAUCCAGCAAUGCGUUAACCUUCUUGCAAUGCAUGGGCGUUUAGGAUCCGAUCGGUUGCGCAGGCUUGGUUGCAUGCAACCGAACCGCUUAUAUGUUGACGACGCCGCAACCGGUUGCGAGGAGUUGCGCAACCGGUUGGCUCACAGUCGAGGAGGCAGACUCCGCACACUUUCGAACGUCGAUCUGCACUGGGAUUUGCAGCAUUUCAACAUCAUGCACAGUGGCUAGUGUGGGUGAGUGGGUGGGUGGGUGGGGGGUGGAGCUAACGAGGAAAGGGGCGGAGCUAUGUUGUAGAAGGCGUGGCCACGAACGUUAACCACGCCCCCCCUCCCAGCCACGCCCUUGUUGCGCAACCAGUUGCUCAGGCGUGGGCAAAGCCGUCGCAGGCGAUUUUCGAGAGAGAUGUUUUUGUUGCGUGGAUCGAUCGAUCGCUCGUGUGUGGACCCAGCUAAGAGGUGAAAUAAAACUCAGACCGCACGGCAUCCUGGGUAAAGGAACACCCCCCCCCGUCCCCCGCGCCCCCCUCCCCCUCCCCCCCAAUCUCUGCCUUGAACCGGUACGAUCGCUCAUCAGCAAGCCGUUAGCCGGUUGCAAACGACUGCCAAAGCGAGCAUCGAGAUCGUGACGAUUACGAAGCCUCUCAGUGAAACCAAAUGAAAACAUUGAAGUCGAUUACAACCUUUCGAUUAUAUCGACGAGUCGUUGCUGCUGGAAGUAUUCCUCACCCUCAUCCCCCCACCCACCCACCCUCUCUCUCUUCCUCCUACGCCUCGCUCCCACAAUGCCGUGCGGAACUCAUCGUCGUCGUCGUCAUCGCCCAGUCGUUUCGAGGCGACGAUCACGCGACGUGACCUCGUCUACGCGACGAUCGCAAAGCGCAACGGCGCUCGCAGCUGCGGCCCUUGACGGCGUGUGCCGGGCUCGCGGGCGCACCAAACGCUCGACUCGUUUGAAACGCAGCAAAGCAAAAGACACAAACCACCGCCGCACAAGCACGCAGACGCGUCCCACGGCCGGAGAGUCGUCGUGACGCGCGAGUGACGUCACAAUUCAGGUCACGUGUCUGAGCCGAAAGAGCCAGUCAAAGGGAGCGUAGCUACAACAGAGAAGAGCCGUGCUUGGUCUUCUCUUUGUGUGGCGUUUAGCUGAAAGGGACCGAAUCGAGAAUAGAUUUCGCCUCCUGUUUCACUCCCUCCUCUUCCCCCCACCCACCCAAGCACUCCUCCAACCCCACACCCUCCUACUCCCCCUCCUCCUCCUUCCCUCCACUGAAUCUAUCUCUUCCAAAGCGGACGAGAGGACUGAUUCACGCCGUCGGGACCAGGUCAAUGCGAGACGUUUUUUUGUUGACUGAGUGAGGCUCUCGGUCAACACCGGGGAACACGCCCCCCCCCCCACCCACUUGCGGGCAGAAGCGGGUUUGACGGUGCAGCGCGCUGCAAGGUUUUUAAUUCUUUCAUUUGCCGGAGCUGCGUUUUGAUCGUCACGACGCCAGUUGCGACAACACAACAAAGAUGUCACCUUGAUACUCUUUGGUUCUUUCGGUAAAGUCACGUGGGUGUGAAAUAAAAUGAAACACGUCUCACCCGAUGACGGACGCUUGGGCGUUGCGCCCGAAACGUCGUGAUUGAUUUUAUUUCGCACCGACGUGACUUUACCGAAAGAACCAAACAGUAUGGAUUCCUGCAGUCACGCAAGCUUCAAAUUAAGAUUGUCACCUUGAUAUUUUGCGGAAAUGUAAGUUUAUACGUUGUUUGUUGCUGUUGCAGGUUGUUGUUGUUGUUGUUGUUGCUGUUCUUAACCGGCCAGUGAGUCAGCGGUAGAGUGAGCGGCUCGCAAUCUGAUGCGUUCGAGGUCAAAUCCUGGUUGGGCGGUGAGUUGUUGACUCAGCCCAUCAUCGCUUCGGGGGGGGGGGGGAUAAAACGAGCACCGCUUUGUCGGGAAGUCACCAGGUAUUUCCCGAUGGAUGGACUCGUACCCGUCAUAGGAAUGUGGACAUGUGAUGACCGGCUCAGGGCUGUAAGGAGGCUGAACGCUCGCUGGAGUACAAAUCGCUUUGUCUCGUCCUGGAUCUUCCUCGAGCUGCUGCUGCUGUUGGUUGUUGAUUGACAAUCCCAACAUGCGUACAGUUCACCUCGCCCUCAUAGGGUAAAACACACAACGAUUGACGUUUCGGGCAAUGCCCCGUCUUGUGUCACGACGAAAGGGCCAUUUGCCGUGGAGAAAAGGGCCAUCGCCCGAAACGUCGCCCGUUUUAAACGUUUACUUUUAAAGCCACACACGUGCGCGCGCGCGGCGCGAUUGCCAAAUGUGUUGAAUUUAUUUGGGUUUGUUUACAUUUCACCAGAUCGAAUAUCAGUGUCGCGGUCAUGGUAAUGAUGACGACGGUGAUGAUGACAGUGAUGAUGAUGACGGUGAUGAUGAUGACGAUGACGACGGUGAUGAUGACGAUGAUGACAGUGAUGAUGAUGACGGUGAUGAUGAUGACGGUGAUGGCGACGCAAUGAGCGAGCGCGCCGGUGGCCGACGGAUGAAAAAAGACACCCGCCAUGAUCGUUAGGAGGCGGCAGGCCGUUUCAUCCAGCAGUUGAUCGACCGCGGUCGAUGCUGUGGCUAAGUCACCCAGGGUGAGAAAUGAAGAGGCCAAGGGUGGAGUGGCGUUUUUUUGCAAACGAGUGACCUGGGUCAGGGUGAGGAUGAGAGACAGCACGAGGGCGAGGAGGGCUGGGCACAAGGGUUACGGUGAGGUUGGGGAUAGGGUAGUGGUUUAGCGUUCAGUGUUAGGGAAUAGCGUUCAGGCUAGGUCUAACAUUGGGUUAAUGUUUAGGGCUAGCGUUAGGGUUAGGGCUAGCAUUCAGGAUAGGUCUAACAUUGGGUUAAUGGUCAGGGCUAGCGUUAGGGUUAGGGCUAGCGUUCAGGAUAUGUCUGACAUUGGGACAAUGGCUAUGGAUAGCGUUAGGGUUAGGGCUAGCGUUCAUGUUAGGUCUAACAUUGGGACAAUGUUUAGGGCUAGCGUUAGGGCUAGCGUUUAAGAUAUGUCUGACAUUGGGACAAUGGUUAUGGAUAGCGUUAGGGUUAGGGCUAGCGACUGGGUGACGGCUAAGUUUAGCAGAUUGGUUAAGAUUAGGCUUAGGGCUAAGGUUAUGGUGAAUGUUAAAAGUUACGGUUGGUGGGGGGUGGGUUAUGCUUAGGGUUCGCAUUCGGGUUAAGGAUGAGGGUUAGUUCGGGUUAUGGCUGAGAGGCCAAGGUGAGUGAGAGAGACCAGGGUGAAUAGGAGGCCAUAGUUCAGAAUUUCAGAAUUGGGGCCGGAGUUUCGGUGCCGAGGCUGAGGGAUCAGUGAGGAAGAAAGCCUUCCCUUCCAUUGGGGGGGGAAUCACCGCAUAUUCGCCCGGGGAUUCCCACCGAGACUCUGCGACUCUGCGCCAUCUGCCAACGCUUACGGGGGGGGGGCAUGGGGGGGUGGCCCCCAGGGAGUGCCACAGCCUUCCAGUCUUCAGGGUUGCGGUUACGGAUCGGGAGUUAGGGCUAAAGGAGAUUCGCGCUCCCAUUGGUUGACCGGCCACUCGUGACCAAAUCCCUCGCUUCGUCUUGUGUGGUUUUUUUUGUGGCCUCGGCAAAUGACGCGCAGUCGGUGGUCAACUCGUCAUGUCCCACGUGUCCCGGGCGUGUUUACUGCAAACUUUAUUUAUUUUGUUGUUGAUGAUCAUGUUGUUGAUGAUGAUGAUGUUGAUGAUGAUGCUUCAGCACCGAGAGUCACCAAAUGUAAGAGCCGAGGCUUCAUUUGUCACUCAACUUUUUUCCGGGAACGCUGAUUUAGCGGCUGGCUUGGAGUAAAAGCGAUUGCCGGCGUAAGGCACUACCACUAGAGUGCCAACAUACGCCUCUCCAGAACAAUCCUCCUCCAGCAUUGCACCCGACAUUCGUAAAAUCAUUACGAGGACUAGAAACUAAAACAUGAUGAGGAUAAGUAAUGGUGGGUGGGCGUGGGCAGGAUGCCAAAGUAAUUCACGGAACAGCGUUCCGGAUUGUUCCGGGAUGAAAUUGAGCCCUGGCCACGACAGAAAGGAAGAUUCAAACAAAACAAAAAGAUUAAUAAUAAAGGUGUUUGGGUCAGAUCGCGUUAUUUAUAAAUGUGUCGUAACCCUCCACCACCCGACACGACCAAACAGUAAAAAAUGUGUCACGUUUUUCAAAGGACAAAAUAAUUCACUUCUUUAGCCCACCGGUGUGUUGAAGAGAGAAUCGACAGCAUUUUAAAAUUUGAGUAGUACGACGUUUCGCUGAUAAUUACAAUCAGUUUCAUCGGGCAAGAAUGGUGAAGCUCUCCUGUUGCUUCCGGUCUUAAAUAGAGAAAGCAUCAGGGUGACGUCAUCAUUUAAUUCAAUCGCGAUCUGGCCCGAAAACCUAUAUUAUGAAUAAUAUUAGUCGCGAAUGCCUACGUGUUAAAAAGAAAAAUAACCAAGCCCAACUCUUACCCUGUUGAAGCUUCGUCAAUGGUUUAAAAAAACAAAAAACUUCAAAGUCACAAUCGGUAGCGGAAUAGCAACGUCAUGAGUUACUUUCUAAAACUACAAAAAUAAGAUUAUUGGUAACUGGCAGCGCGCUUUCUAUCGGCCUUAGGGUCGCACUCGAUUCCGUAUUCCCUGGGUUAUUGGACGCUCCGAAAAGACGCACACAAAGACAAAAGACCCCCCCCCCCUCCCGUAUAGCCUUAGCAGACUGUUGGGGCAAGUGCUGUUAACGAGUAGCAACCCUAUGAAAGGCCGCACACACACGGCUACCGUAUUAUAAGACGCACCUUCACCCCCCCCCCGCCACCCUCCUCAACGUUUGUUUCCAAAUACAGGAGGGCGAGUGCGUCUUAUAUUCCGAAUAAUAUCUUGUAAUUUGCGCGAGACUCGAAUCGCUGUCGAACUUCAGACGUGUAGUUGCUGGCUUACGAGCAAUACGAGAUUGCGAUUUAAUCUACAUAUCUAUUUACAAUUCCCACUGGCGAAGCUUCAAACUGGGAGGGGAUGAGUGUUCUCAAUCUUCAGACCAUUAACCCGACAAAAAAAGAAACAAAGUUUCUCCGAAAAGAAUCUGGCCUGCGUGUGAAAUUUCGGGACGAUCUUCGCUUUUCCUUUGGGAUUUCAUCCGAGAUUGUGACGCCACGUGCGUUGACGUCAUCGGCCGUCACGCCCCUUUCUCGCCAUUGAAGUGGAGUCACGUGGGCGGGGAGAGGUGGGGAGGGGGUGGUGUCGAGUGACGUCACUCGGAGGAAUCCGAUGAGCAGUAAAGCUCUUUUUCACAGAUGUAAGAACGUUUCAACAACAAGCAGUUACAAAAAACAUGUCAGCAAUGCAAAGUACAAGAAAGGUAAACACAUCACCCCAACACAAACAAAUACAACACUAAGCCAUCUCCAUCCUACCAGGCAGAGCCCACGCUUGAGUAUUAACUUUUCAGAAGCGAUAGCUCAACAAAGUGGCCCCCAAAUCAUUUGGGCAUUCAUAUCAUUGGUAGAACGCGCUACCACGUUAUUACAGCGUUGGACAUUAUUCGGAAGUAUCAAAAAUCAGAUUUUUGAGGGUUUUAUUUUGUUCUGGAUUUGAAGUUUUCGUGACUGCAAGGAUCCAUACUCUUUGGUUCGUUCGGUAAAGUCACGUGGGUGAAAAAAUAAAAAUAAUUGUUUUACUUUUUUCUUUCUUAUUUAAAGUCACGGAGGUGAAAAAAUAAAAAUAAUUGUUUUACUUUUUCUUUAUUUUUUAAAGUCACCGAGGUGGAACAAAAAUGUAAAAUACAAAAUGAUUCAUUAAAUUUUUUUAAUUCUAAUUUAUUUUUAUUUUAUUUUUUUGUCACCUACGUGACUUUACCGACAGAACCAAAGAGUAUGGUUUUAUUUUGCUUCGUUUUUAUCUUGUACUGCCAGCGAUGUUUCUGUGCCGCCCGCCUGUGGAGGAGCCCGGUCGUUACGGCGUCUCUGUGCGUGUCACGUGUGCCCGGACACCCACACCACGAGACCCAUGACUAAUGUUUACGAGAAUUAUUACCGAUAUUAUCACUUACGAUUAUAAUUGUUACUACUACUACUACAGCUAAUAUUGUUAUUCAUAUUCUUACGUGUACAAUCGUUACAUUAACGGCGCAGGUCAUAACCGUUAUAGAGGGCUAUUGCUAUACACAUUUGUAUGAGUGUGAAUUAUUAUAAUAUAUGAUGGUGUAAUAUGUAAUGAAUAUGCUGUUGUGAAAUUC